GGGCAGCGGCUCGGGGGGCCGGGCGGGCCGGCGGAGGCGGCUCGGCGCUGCAGAGGGUUAAGGCGCGGGCGCGGGGGCCGGCGGGAGCUGUAGGCGCCGCGGCAUGACGGGAGCCGCCGGCAGCGGCCGCGAUUCGCCGGCAGCGGCCGUGACGGAGCCCGCCCGCUCUGCAGUGGCGGGGCCGCCGCCGUCCCGUCCCGUCGGGCGGCAGCUCCGGCUCGGCCCGGCCCGCCCGCGCUCAGCCGCCGCACGGGCCCGGCCCGGGCCCGGCCGGGUGUCUCUGCGAGCGCCGGCAACGUCCCCGCGCCCUGAGCAGCGGCAUCGGGCCGCGGCCCGGCAGGUCAGUGGCGGCUUUGUCCCGGAGCCGGGGGUGCUGGGGUGCCCGGCCAGUCCUGCCCAGCCCCGGUAUCGGCGGAGCCGGGGCGCGGGCCGGAGCCGAGGCCUCCCGGUGCCCCUCGGUGCCGGUGGUUCCGCGCCCGGGCCCGGCCAUGGGGCAGCAGCCCGGUCCGGCGGGGCUCGGCCGGAGCCGCCUCCUCCCGAGAGGGAUUUGCUUCGCCUACACCACGCGGGCAGCUCGGCCGCGCUGGCUCCGGGGCUCCUCCGGCCCCGCCGCACCGGCGGCUGCUCGGGGCACCGAGAGGCUCCGGCUGCCGGGCACUGCCGGUGCGGACUUGGCUUCCACUCGCGCGGAGCUCCGCACCCAACCCAGAGCGCACAGGUGCUUUGCUUGCGCGGACAGCAAAGGCUGGCACGCCGCAGGAAGGGAUCGAAUGCUUUAUCUGCGAGCUGCGUUUUUUCCUUUUGAGUUUUUAAAAUGUGGAGUGUAAGAAUUGGCGGUGCAUGAAAGUGCUGCAGUUCGUUGAAGUUACGGGACAAACCCAAGAAGCAAACAGGAUUUGGUAGUUUACCUGAUAAAGGGGUAUUUUCUCUCGGGACAAAGUGAGGAGGGAAGAAAAAGGAGGCAAUUAACACUACGUUUUAAUUUAAUUUAUGCGAAUAGUGCAAAGUCAGUUUUUGUUAAACCUUCUGAUAUUUUAAAGUAACUGGGGAUAAGUUACUGUAUGUGUCAAAGGAAUCACAAAUAAUAAAUCAGUCUAAGUGGAUUUAGUAAAUUUUGUUUGUGUGUUUUUGUGUUCCUCUUUAGUUUGGAAGCAGAUUUUGAAACAGUGGUGUCAUGCAUCCACAGCUGAACUUGGGGCUGAACAUACUUAAACUUCUCUUGGGAAUAGAAAUAUUCUUGUGAGGUUAUUUUCCUUGCUAAUAAUAAUCCUGAGAUUCAGAAGACGAAUUUAUUUGUUAACUAAUAAAUAAAGUGCAGAGAAAAUUACACUCUUGAGGUCAGACAACAACAUAAAAAAGGAGUUUUUUCUAUUGCUUAGAGGUAUGUGAGGAGCUCUAUAAACAUUUUUGAGUCAGAAAGCACGUCAAAUUUAGCCAACGAUAUCACCUGAAAUACAAUUCUUAAAGUAUACAUGGUUCUCAGAAGAAAGAAAACAAAGAAAUUAAAUGAAUAGGUUUUUUCAAGGGAAGGUAUUGUUCAAGUGGAGGAAAAAAUGUUGUUUUGCUUAUGAAAGAAAUUGUUGAGUAGCCACAGAAAAGGGAUAAGUACCUUCAGUGCCAGCGUUAUAAACUCUCAUGGUUUGGACUUUCAGAGUGAAGCUAGUGAAGAUGGCUUGAGAUGCAAAAUCAGCAAGUCCAGAACAAAAUAAAGCAGAAAAGAUGAAGGCAAGAGAAAUAUGAUUUAUCUAUUGUAAAGUGUUCUAAACUUGUUAGUGUAUGGCCUACUCUGUUCCCAUUCUAACCAUUGCUUUUCUAGUUUUACAAUAGUAGGUUUUCCUGGAUUCUGUUUUUUUAUUUCAGUGGCAGUGCAUUAGCACUACAUUUGUGCUUUAGCACAAUAAAUACAGUAUAUCCCCUUGCCAAAAAUUUAUAACCUACCUGCAAAUACUGUACUAUUAGUAGUGAAAGCUACACAUAAAGGGGGUCAAAUAGUUGAGGGUACCCAAAGGGAAGGACAAGGUUAGUAAUAGAGAUGAUCUCAUCUGGCAGCCAUGGUACGCUUAGCUGUAGGACAAUUUUUGAAGGGCAAAAUAAGAUCACAGAGAAAUUAAAGGUGGGAUGAGAUGCAGCAGUUUUAGCAAAAAAAGGCUGCCAGACUACAUAUGUUUCAUUGUGAGGAAGCUUUGAUACUGUACCAUGUGAGGAAAUCAUGUAAAACAAAAAAUUUGGAUUAAUUGCAUUGUACGGUGACUUUGGAAUGAACUGACAGAUAAUAUGUGGAAAGAGACUAUACUGAUGGAAAGAAGGCUGCAAAGUGGAGGUUUUGAGGACUAUUGGAAUUCUCUCCUUAGUGACACUAGUGAAAAAAUACAACAAUGAUAAAAUCUUACGACACAAAACUGGUGGACUGUAUUGAUAGGAGGAGUGGAAUAUCCAUGUGCUGACAUGAUGAACCAAAACUGAGAUUAAUAGAAUUAGAUGAGAUUUAGUGAUGCAAAUAGAAACUGAUCACAAUUUAUUCUGUCACUUCAGUGACAGGUUGGUAGUUGGUGUAACAGCAGCAGAAUGAUAGCAUGUGACAUGGCUGAGAAAAUAAUAAUAAAAGAAGAUGGUGUCCUAGGAAGUGUUAAGGGAUAUAUUUCCUCUAUGUACAGAAAAUAUUCCUGUCAGAGUAUGGCAUUAGUAAGACCUUAUGUGGAGCCCAACUAUCACCCACAUUCAGAUAAAUGGGUUCAAACAGAAGGAUGGAACAGAUGCAGAAAAGGACCACAUGGAUGUUAAGAGGAAUAGAGAGCCUUUACAGGAAGACACAGAAGUGACAAUUACACUGUUAUGUAAGGAAGGAAAAUAAUUAUAUGAGCUCAAGAUUAGAAUAAAGCAAAACAAAUGUGUGUAAAAGGGAUAAUUGUUAGACUUUGCUGGAAAUUGCAGGAAGAGCUCUAACAAACAGACUGACGAUAUUCUGGAAUGGUUUCAAAUGAGAAACAAGUUUAAAUUUCUUUUAGAAGGAAGUUUGAUAUAUCCAGGAAAGAGCAUCAGUGUUGGGUUCUGUACAGUGGUGAGGAAUUUGACGUGGAAAUCCUGGAUAUCCCUUCCCAUAAUACUGCAUUCUUGAUUCUUGUGUAUCAAUGGAUUCUGAGAUGGAUAUGUUGGUUGUUUUUGCUCUGAACUCUGUGUUUGGUUUGGACACUAUGGCUGAAUUCAUGCAGUGCUACCUGACUUCUUGUGCUUAAUGGGCUACUUAUAGGAGUCUUAAUGGAACAAUUUUUAGGUAAGUUUUUAGGCAUCUAGGCCAAGACAAUGUUGCAUUCUAAAAUGUAUGUAUAAUCAGCUUCCUUGGGAUGUUACCUGAGACCUUGUGUCCUUUUUUUCCCCUGCCUUUUGGAUAGUAUAUAUUUUACAUACAGCACUUAGUGCAGUACUGAAGAAUUAACUGAAGAACCUAACGAUUAAAGAACAUUGCUUUUCAGCAAGGCUGCUGUCCUCUAGGUAGACAGUUUAGAUUUUUACUUGGCAUUUUGGCUUUUGGGAAAUCUCCACAGGGCAGGGAGUUAAGCAAUCAUUGCUCAGUCAUCCAUUUUAAUUUUAUUUUUCAGUCCACAGCUGUAGCAGAUUAUUCAAAGAGAAAUAAUUUAUUUUAAGGAGGUAACUUUCUGUUCAGUGGUCAAUAGAAAAUUAAGUGAUAGAAUCAAUCCAAUCAUCAAUUUAUGCAUUAAGUGCUACCACUAGCACUUUCAGUAGUUGCUGAAGCAAAGAAGUGAAUUGAUUAUAAGAAUUAAACUUCCUUCAUAUGCCUAGAGGUGAACAAGUCAUGAAAACGGCUCAUUUGGUAUGAGACAGUAUGAACGAC